CUGUUAGUCCGAUCAUUGUCCACUUAUAUCUACUCUUUUAUAUUUUGUAAAUCACUGUUCAGCUAAUAUGUUCCAGUAGGUGGCGGCAACGCAACAAUGUAUUGAUGCCAUGCGCCACUAAACUCCACAGAAGAAGAGGAGGAUAGCUAACAUGCUAACUGCGUCCCACAUUCCGUCGGAGAUAACAAAAGGCAUUUAAGUGUACCUGAGUCACUGUUUGGGAAGAAUCAACGUUAAACUCAUCUCCAUUGAGCCCACAAUGUGACAGGAAGUUAGCUUAGCUAGCUAACUUACAACCAUAGACUGUAAAUAUAAACUAAACUCCGCUCUAGAAGCUAGCUAACGAAACGUAGCCGCGCAGUUAAAGUGACCCAGGCUGGUUAUUGUUUGUUCUGUUGGAAGCUCUAAAUUGUGUAAAAAAUGUCAAAAGCCAAAACGCUGAAAUGUUUUGUGAAGCAGAGACUGACUGCAGCUGCUGAGGAGAUUUUUGAGCUGUUUGAGAAAACGAUAUCAGAGUACGAGGAGCAAAUGUGUCAACUAAAAGAGGAAAACGAGCGACAACACAAACUCCUUGAGGCUGUUUCCAAAGCGGAUGUCGUGCAGCUGACGGUGAUCAAAGAAGAGGUUCCCCCUGAGCAGCAGGAGAGGAGCUCCACUCCGAUCCAGGAGAACCCACCAGAACCUCCACACAUCAAAGAGGACCAGGACGGAGAGCAGCUUAAAGGGCCAGAAGAGGCUGAUAUCAGCAUGUUACUGAGGUUCACUCCUGUCGCCUUGAAGAGUGAAGAAGAAGAAGAUGAGAUCCCUCAGUCCUCAUGGCUCAAUGAAAUCAACACUAACGAGGGCAGAGACACAGAGCAUUUGAAAACAGAAGCUGAUGGAGAGGACUGUGGAGGACCAGAACCAGACCGAGACUUUAAUCCAGACAGUCAUUUACAGCCAGUUACUCCUGACAAGACUUCACACCUUUCUGGAUCUGGAUAUGAGACUGACCUACAGAACCACAUGAUAGGUCAUUCAGAAAACAAUUCAUCUUUGGUGGAACACCCAAGAACUCAUAAAGGAGAGAAACCUUUCGCGUGCUCGGUGUGUAAAGCCGCUUUCGGACGCAGAUCAGAUAUGGUUAUACAUAUGAGAAAGCAUACUGGUGAGAAGCCGUACAGUUGUUCAGUUUGUGGGAAAAGAUUUGCACGUAAUCACCUGAAGAUACACAUGAGAACACACACUGGAGAGAAACCAUUUAGUUGUUUAGUGUGUGGGAAAAGGUUUGCACAUAGUGGGACUUUGUUACAACACAUGAACGUUCACGACGUAGAGAAACCGUUCGAUUGUUUGGUUUGUGGGAAAAGCUUUGCAUACAGUACAAGUCUGAAACGACACAUGACGAUCCACGGCCCAUAAAAUUCACUCGUCUCCAACUUGUUAAAAGCACAGAGGCAGCUACAGUAAAAUAACUGAAGCACCAGGGAUGCCUGUAGAGCCGAGUCUUGAAGCGGGAUUAAACUGACUGAGGUUAAAAGAACAUUCCUGAUCUUUUCAUCUCAAUUUAGAUAAAGCCUCAUGUUCAUGUUAAUUCUGUUAUUUGCCUGUGUGUUUGGUACUAACAUGUUCACUUAUUUAAAUGCAUCAAUAACUCAAUGUAUUUCAAAUUUCAUGGAGUGAGCGGCACCUGACACAUUGACACCAAGUACACGUUUACGUCAGUAAAGUCCACUGUUAAUGUACGAAUGAAUCAUGGUGGUGGAUUGUGGUUAGAUUGGAGAUUGUGGAGUAGAAUAUUAGCGGUUCAUGGUGGUGGCCCCGUGCUGACAGGCCACCAGCACUUCCAUGUGCCACGGCACGUGUCAGGUGCCGCUUUUCGAUCUCGGUGCUACUGAUUUCAUGGACUUCCCUGGUGUUGAAUUAAUCUCUUUGUGUGAAACUUUGUUUUUUGGUAAUUUUAGUAGCUGCAGUUUCACGCAUUUUAUUGUAAAAGAGGUGUUCCUAUUUUUCUGGUCUGUCUCCAGUUCGUGCUCAGGUGUAUGUUUAGAGAAUUUUGAAUUCCUGUUGUAAUUCUUCAAGUGUAUAUAUUUUACCUGUGACUUGUAACCUUCUUGAUACCUGUCUCAGUGAGGAAACAGAAAGAACUCAUCAAUUUCAUAACACAUCCAGAACCUUGACCUGUGUUGUUACUCUUGUCUUAUGAUGUGUAAUUCAAAGAAGGAAAUCCAGAAGUUUUUAUGUUGUUUUUGUCAGGAUAUCAAGGGAAAUAAUUUGUUUGCUUGUGAGGCUAUAAGUGCGAUUCCCUUUUCAACACGUCUGUCAGUGUUUCCACACUGUCCAAAGCUUUCAGUAAGCGUGGGCUUCAUGAAUGACAUUGACUGAUAAAAUAUGAAUCGUGCUUACCUAUGUCAGACUAAAGGUUUCACUUUGUGAUUUUUCUAUUUUAUUUUAAUGUUUAUUUUUUCCUCUGUCAUGAUGCUUUCAAUGUUUUGUGUGAAGCACUUUGA